CUACUGGCCCGGUCUUGAAUUAUAUUGGAUAGCUGUAGGGGGAAUCUAAUUAGUAGUUGUGGAAAGGGCAGAAGAUACUUUGUAUACAGAUUCAUGAGAGUUUCUGAGUGCUCGAGCAUUCAAUCAAUAUUAGAUUGGCUGUAUAAUUUUAUAUAAAAUAGAAAAGUGCAAAAAGAAAUUCUUUCUUUUCGGUAAUCCCUAGUCAACGAUAGACUGUCUCCCGAUUGUCUCUGUGAAACAAUCGGGAGACAAUAAGGAUUAGAUAAAAUGGGAAAUAGAGGUAUGUGAUAGUAGAUAGUGAUCUAUCUUGAUUCUAUAUUUUUAUGCCUUUCAUUAAUACUGGGAACAAAAGAAACAAGGGGUCUUAUUAUUCUUACAUGUUCAUUAGUAACAUUCCCUUGAUACUUUCCAAGGGUGUCACUCGUAUUUUGCUUGUGCUUAAUGUUUUCUGAUUCUACUAGAAAUCUUAUAAGAACUUGUUUUGUUAUAAGUGGAUUUAUGGGAUUGGUUCAUCAAUGGUCUUGGGUCAGAAUCCUUUUUUGACUCUGCACCAUCGAUUCCACUAUUAUUAGUGAGCAAUAAUGGAAAAAUUCUUUCAUAUUCAUAGAGAUAGGGGACAUAAUUCACAUGGAUAUAGUAAGUCUCGCUUGGGCUGCUUUAAUGGUAGUCUUUACAUUUUCUCUUUCACUCGUAGUAUGGGGAAGAAGUGGACUCUAGAGGUACUAUUGAUUCAGUUGAGGAAUCAAACUGUAUCAAUUGUUUUAUAGAUCGUUCUGCAAAGCGUUUUUUUAACUAUUUUAUAUAAUAAAUAAAAAUAUAAAUAAAAAUAUCUUCAUUUUGAAAUUCUAUUGUAUUCUAGUGGAAUAAUGUAUUAUAUGAAUAAUACCUUUUCAAUCAAAAGAAUAUUUCAACGAUUCCCAUGUUUGUAUUUCGAAAGUAAAGUAAAAGGGAUACAGAUGAUAGGAAAUUUAUUCCAGCCAAAUUUGAAUUCUAUUCUUCCUAAAUUUUCUAUUUCGAUGAACUGAUUCUUACCAGAAUUUUAUAUGGACAAUGAGGAACAACGGACCCUUUUUCUUAUUUGUUUUAGUUGUUUCCCUCUUUACUGUUCAAAGAGAAAGAGGAAGUCGUUCUGUUAUUAAGUGGAUACGCACUUUCUAUGGGAAAGAACAUAGACAUGGUGGUUGUCCAGGGAGAUAUUACACAUAAUAAGAUCCUGUCUUGGGCGAGUCCCAUAUUGUGGACUUACCACUUGUUUUAUUAUUUAAAAAAUUGGAUUUAUGCUUUAUCGACUCAUUUCAAAUCAUAGUUCAAAGGUUCAAAAUCGGUGGGUUUUACUUUUACUAUACUUCUUUUUGAAAUCCGAAGAAGUUAUCAUAUAAUUCCCUGGAUCAUCUAUCAAUGGCUCAAUCAAUUACUUCUUUGAAAUGCUAAAAAAAAGAUUACUUGGUUUUCUUUUAUAUAUGCCCAUACUGUUUUUCCUUCAUUGAUUUGAUUCUUUCGAUGGAUACCAGGAUUCAUAUUUGAAAUAAUCAGAAAUCUAGGAAUUAGACCCAUAAGAGUAAGAGUUCACUUUCGAUUAUUUCAAAUUGAUUGUAAUCAAUACAAAUCAAAGCAAAGAAAUAGAAUUGGGGUGCUAUGUACAUAUAUGUAAUUGAUAUCUACAUAUAUGAAAAUACAUAUCGUGGAUUGAUCUAUAUUAAGAUGUUAUACAGUACAACUUUAAAUAACAUUAAUAUAAUAGUAAAUAUAAUAGAAUAAUAGAUAGACUGGUAGAAAGAUUUAUAUAUAAAUCUUUCUACCAGUCUAUCUAUCUAUUAGAAUACUAUUAGAAUACUAAUACUGCUGAUCCUAGUCCGCUCAUUUCAUUUAAGACACUAAAUUGGAAUGGAAUCCUUUUCAUUUUAUUUCUUCAAUUAUUGAUAAGGACUAAGAAGUUCAGUUUCAUUCAAAUUAAUUAUUUUGACUAACUGUUUUUACGUAAAUGAUAAGUAAAAAAGCAGUAGGAACUAGAAUGAACAGUGCAGUAGCAAUAAAUGCGAGAAUAUUUACUUCCAUAAUAUCAUCGUUUCAUUUUUUUUUUUUCGCAAUAACUCGGGAUUUAAUCCCAUAGAGAUGAUAAAUCUUUCGCCUGUAAUGUAAAUUCAAUGGGAUGAAUUACAUCUCGAUGAUAUUGAAUCGGAUCAAUAUCAUGAAUAACAAUAUCUGAGCUAUCAAAUUGAUUCAUCGUCGAGAAUUGAAUAGUAUAACAUAGGAAGAUCUUUUAUCCAUACCGACUCAAAAAUUUUAUUCCUGAUCCACUCAAGAAUUCCUUUAUUUAUCCACUCUUUUUUUCUAUAACCUAUUGCCUUCCUUGUACAAUUAUCAGAUAAAGUAUCAUCUGACCGCUUUUCCACUUCCAUUGAUUACAAACCCAAACAAACAAUAGAAGUGAAAUGGAAAAAAGGAAUAGGGGUUAUAAACUACGUUUUUUAAUGAUCUAAUUUUAUUGGAAGACAAAGAAGGGUGAUAAAGAUGAGUCCUGGUAUAAAAGAUCUAAUAUUCCAUAAAAUUCACUAUUUUAGAGUUUGUUCUUUCUUCGAUGGGACCCCUAAAAAAGAUUAUUCAUUACCUUGGUAAGAGUGGUGGGAUCGUUGUUUGAUCUUUUUUUUUUUUUUAAUAUCCUCUUUCCUUGGAUUAGUACUCGGACUCAUAUAUCAAAAGGUCAGUAUGAAAUUUGAAGGAGAUCGAUUCUUUCAAAUUAAAAUUAGUAAUUGAAGUUACACAAAAUCGGAGCCAGAAAAGGAGAUAGGUUCAAUUUGAAAAGUAUUCUAUUAGGGUAACUAUGUUAAAUUCAUUUUGUUUUUGUAUCGUACAAAAAACGAAUUCUAUUUGUGUAUGUGCUCCCGGGAACGAUAUGGUACUCUAUUCCAUUACACGGAUCAGGAGUAAUCGAAAAAGCCAGACCCAGACCCAGCACGGUUGGAUACCCGAAUAUAAUGCUACCAAUAAUUGUACUAAUGCACAUAUGUCUCUCUCCCAUCAAUCGGUACUAGUUAAAGUAAUGGAAAUUCCCAUAUUUGUUUGAUGAGAAAUUCGAAAGAAAAUAUAUAUAAUAUAAAUAAAAUAUAAAUUAAGAAUAAGCAUCCCCCUAUAGAUAAAUAAAUCUAUUUUAUUUUUUUUUAUUGGAUCCGUCGGGACUGACGGGGCUCGAACCCGCAGCUUCCGCCUUGACAGGGCGGUGCUCUGACCAAUUGAACUACAAUCCCAGGGAAAUAAGGUGUAUAGCCAUAGCCCACAUAUUCUUAUGAUUUAAUUCAACCCAUUUCUAUUUAGAAGGGCCAUCUUAUAUUAUAAGAGAGACGCGAGUGAUAUAUUGAUUAUACACUUGAUUAUACACACGGAUAUGCACUUUAGUGAUUACUAGUAAUCUUUUCGUUAUUGACAAAUCGAUUGAUAAUCCAUUUUUCAAUGAAAAAAGUAUUUUUUUUCUUUACUCUUUUCCUUUCCUUAGACUUUAUACUUACAGAUCCUGAUAUGAAUCUAGAUCAUUAGCAAGAUCAGAAUUUGUAGGAACAAAACAAAUAAGUAAAGCAAAUACAAAUAAAUGGGGGUAGGUAUAUAUCAGAAAAUCUGACUUUCGUUAUUCUUCUGUAUCCGACAUUUCUAACGAACAAAUGGGUUAUAGUAUUUCAUGUUGGAUCAGCGAAUUAUUGGGCCGAGCUGGAUUUGAACCAGCGUAGACAUAUUGCCAACGAAUUUACAGUCCGUCCCCAUUAGCCGCUCGGGCAUCGACCCAAGAAGAAUCAAUUCUAGGAUUAUUGAUAAUCCAUAAUCAACUUCCUUUCUUCCUACCCCCAGGGGAAGUCGAAUCCCCGCUGCCUCCUUGAAAGAGAGAUGUCCUGAACCACUAGACGAUGGGGGCAUACUUCCCCGAUCGCCAUCAUACUAAGAUGAUAGUAUCAAUAGUUUUUUGAAAUUGUCAAUAUAAUGUAAUGGUAUGACUAGAUCCGAAGGAUCUUUCCUUCUUUCAUGAUUCCAUAGAAUUUUUUGAUUCGUCAUUUAGAUUCAUGAAUCAGUCAUUCUAAUCGACAUUCUAUAUAUAAAUCGAUUCUAUAAAUCGAUAUUACUUACUUUACUAUAAGUAUAUAUAAAAUAAUUAAUAUUAAAAAAAAAUGAAAAUAAUAAAGUUUAAAUAAUAAAUAAUGAUAAAGACAAAUAAAAAUAUAAAAUAUAUAAAAAAAUAUAAAUUAAUAAUUCGAAAAUACGAAAGAUAGUCUCUUUUCAGGUAGUCAUUUGUCCGCCAAAACAGGUUAAACACCAUUUCAUUUCUUCCACUGUCAUUCAUUGAUUCACUCAUUGUUAAGAUGAGAUAUGCCUAUCUCUAUCUCACACUAAACUAAGCCAGGAAAUUAACAAACGAUAAAUCGGGGAAGAGGGAUCAAUAAGUUAUCGAAAAUUCUUUUUUCUCUAAGAAUUUGGUUCAGGGAGGGGACAAGUCGAGUCUCUUCAUCACAUGAUUCAAUGAAAUAUCUUGGAUCUAUGUCGAAUUAGUAGGUACAUGUAUCAAUCAAGUUAAUUUUGUUCUGAUGGGGAUCAAUUCAAAAAGCAAUUGGGGUUGGUCUUGAAACAGUUCAUUGCAUUGAUAUUUAUCAAAUCCAAUAUCAAUAAAUCAUUUUACCCGAUACUUGCUAGGUAAAUAAAAUUUCUCGUUCCUGAAUGAGCCACUAGGCAUUAUGAGUUUACUGCAUGUACUUAUGUAUCUUAUGUAUAAUAUAUACACAUAGAUAUAUAUACACAUAGAUAUAUCUUAUCUGCAUAGUGACCAAUUCAGGAAUUGAAUCAAAUGGGCCCUUUUAACUCAGUGGUAGAGUAACGCCAUGGUAAGGCGUAAGUCAUCGGUUCAAAUCCGAUAAGGGGCUUUGCUUUUACUUUUUUCAUAAAACUCCAGUCGUAGUAUUCAUAUUUGAGCGGAGAAUGUAGAUAUUGUUGAUAUUUGUAAUAAAAAAAAAAAUAACCAACUG